GGCGCACUACCGAGGGGUCUUGCCAAGGAAAGAAGAGGGAGGGGAUAUAUUAAUGGCCGUCAGUAGCACUACCAAAUGCGAAAAGUCCGGAUUAUCCACUAUAUUUAGACAAUACUAGCUACGGGUGCGUUUUGCCCGCUUUUCUUUGGUAACGAACAUUGCUCUUGGGGGUUGGAGAUGUGUUUCUAGUGUUGUUUCUACUGCGGUAAACGGACUUUACCCGCUUGAUUCGUGCGCGAGUGGGAGAUCAGGCCCAACCGGCUGGCUAAAACACAAGCGGACGUUUAGCUAGUCGCCGGAGUUGAAAGGGAAUAUGUAACAUAAAGCAACCGACAUGACAUCCAGAUUUGGUAAAACAUACAACCGCAAGGGAGGGGAGGCCAAUUCGAAAUUUGAUGAGGUCUUCAACAAUAAAAAGCCAACACUGACCACCAAAUGGGGGGAGACCACUUACAAGGCUCAGUUGGGGGGCAAGAGGCCUAUUUUAAAACCUGAAGUUUCUGAGCUUUCCAAGAGGCCCAGGCUUGAGGACAGUGACAGCGACAGUGAUGGAGACCCAUUUGGGUUUGACAGCGAUGAUGAGUCCAAGACUGUAACCUCUCACGUGUCCCAGUCGAAAGUCAAUGAAGGGGCUGUUACAAAGUCGACCGCAGUGCAGGGAGGUGGGACAGCCACUGCUGUUACUUCCGCACAGGGCUCUGCAAGCUCAACAGCCACGUUCACAACCAAGCAAACAUCUGAAGAGAGGGUUGUUAAAAAUAACCAGACCUGGUACAAAAGUACAUCAGAUAGCAACCAGAAACCUGCAUGCAAGGCCCCUUUGUCAGACACAGUCUCUUCUAAUGAUCAGAAUCUCUCAGCGCCCAAGAGACCUAUCUCCUCUCCAAAUAUAUUCACCUCCCUUAAACUUUUCACUGAUGCACCAGGUGGUAGCAGAGACUUCCAAACCUCUUCCUGUUAUGAUGAACUGCCUUUAGAAGAAAUGAAAGGUGCUGAGCUGGAGCCUGCCUCAGAGCCUCCACCAGAACCAGUGGACAACAUCCCCCCUUCCCCAUUUACCCUAAGAGCCUCAAACUGCAAGAAAUACCAGCGACCCACCAGGCAAAGCAAAGCAUCCUCUGAACCGGUGGAAAACAACAGCAACAAGCCCACUGAAGCAGCGAGUGCCCAAGAUAAACCCAACAGUGUCCUUUCUGCUAGCGCAAGUAGUACGGCUGCCAAUGCUAAAACGGCAGCCAAGCCCGUAGGCAGGGGCGGCGGGAGGGUACGGGACUACACGGUUCUGCACCCUUCCUGUCUGUCGGUGUGCAAUGUAACCAUCCAGGACUCAAUUGAGCGAGGCAUUGAUGAACUGGUCACGCCAGCUGUCCCUGCUGACCUUGGAGAUGCAGGCCAGAUGAAGAAGAAGUCAGACGCUCCUCCCCCCAAACCUACCAGUCUCGCCAUCAACAAUCUGGUUUAUCCAACAGAUGCUUUUGACUUCUCUGAUGACUCCAGUCCUGGUUUCGCUGAGGGGCAGAAAGGACGCUCAGGGAAGCCAGGUGACAAAUCCAAGGACAUUGGCAGUGGACUCAAAAAGAUCUUCAGUGGACCCAAAAAGUCCCCUGCUAAAGCUGUGUACAACGCUCGCCACUGGAAUCAACCGGAGCCUGAAGAGAUCCCUCUGCCUCCACUUUCUCGAUCGCAAACUGCUCCGGCUGUUUUAUCGUGCAGCAGCAAGGACAGCAACUCCCAUAAAGAUGAUGGCUUGUUCAAAGCCCCUCCACCGCCGCCCAAAGUCAUUAAGUCAGAGACUCUCCCCACGCGACUCAACCAGGAUAUUGUCACUGCGCUCAAAUGCAGGAAGGAGCACAAGGAGCUGUACACGGUGGUGCAGCAUGUGAAGCACUUCAAUGACGUGGUGGAGUUUGGAGAGAAUCAAGAGUUCACAGAUGAUUUUGAGUACCUGGAGACAGGGCUGAAGAGCAGUCAGCCACUCAACACAAGAUGCCUUAGUAUAAUCAGCCUGGCCACACGGUGUGCCAUGCCUGGUUUCAGGAUGCACCUGCGGGCCAGAGGGAAAGUGGCACAGGUCUUCAAAAUGCUCAGUGAUGCUCCACAACACCCGAACCUUGGUCUGUGCACGGCUUCUCUGAUGUACAUUCUGAGUCGGGAUCGUCUUAACAUGGAUCUGGACAGGGCCUGUCUGGAGCUUAUGAUCAAGCUGCUAGAACUGGACCAGGACUACUCGGCUCACCAGGAUCAGCUCACCGCAAAGGAGGUGGAAAAAGUCAAGGAGAAGAUCAGGAAGCUGUGCGAGACCGUGCACAACAAGCACCUUGACUUGGAAAACAUCACGACGGGCCACCUUGCCAUGGAGACAUUGCUUUCUCUAACCUCCAAGAGAGCCGGGGAUUGGUUCAAAGAAGAACUGCGACUACUGGGCGGUUUGGACCAUAUUGUAGACAAAGUUAAAGAGUGUGUGCAGAACCUGAGCCAAGAGGAUGACAAGGAGAACCUUGUAGCGUCUUUAUGGGGGGCUGAGAGGUGUCUGAGAGUACUUGAAAGUGUGACAGUGCAGAACCCAGAAAACCAGGGUUACUUGAUUGCCUACAAAGACUCACAACUCAUUGUCUCCUCUGCCAGAGCUUUGCGGUACUGUGAGGAUAUGAUUCAGCGAUACAGCAGGGCGUUAAACAACAGCUCUCUGUCAUUGUCGGGUGCAGCGCUGCCCCACUGCAGCUUCAGUAACGUGGGCAAGGCUGUGGAGGACUGCAUGAGGGCCAUCAUAGGAGUGCUGCUCAACCUUACUCACGACAAUGAGUGGGGAAGCACUAAGACAGGUGAGCAGGAACAGCUGACCGUAACUGCUCUGAAUUGCGUUCUUCGAGUUCCACGCUACAUCCCCCAUGAGCAGCGCUUUGACGUGCGAGUACUGGGUCUGGGUCUACUAAUUAACCUUGUGGAGUAUAGCUCCAGAAACCGCCACUGUCUGGUGGACAUGGAGUACACUGUCGACGACACCUGUCUGGAAGACAGCCUGAUGCAGCCUGCUGACCAAACCCAAUCUGACACAGCGGCAGCGUCGGCACCGCCAAGCACAGCUGAGACUCAGGGAGACGGAGCUGUCAGACCCAAGGCCUCUGGUGCUUUGGCUGCCCUGGUGCAGCUCUUCCUGGAGAGGGAGCGCGCCGCCAUCCUGGCUGAGGCUAAGACUGACGACCUCAUCAGUGAGGCGCCCAAGCCGGCACUGGACCAAAGCGGAGAGUGGCAGGAGACAUCGGGAGAGAUCCAGUGGGUGGCAGCCGAAACCAACGACAGCCAAACUGAAAAGAAAGAGGAGGAGAAGAAAGAGGAGGAGGAUGAAGAGUUGGAUCUAAAUAAAGCUCUGCAGCAUGCAGGCAAGCAUAUGGAGGACAGUAUUGUUGCCUCGUACACCGCUCUGCUGCUGGGCUGCCUCUGUCAGGGAAGCCAGACAAAUGCAACUACUGUAAGAGAGCAUCUCCCUAAAGGGGAUUUCUCCAUCAUGACAGAAAUGCUGAAGAAGUUCUUGAGUUUCAUGAACCUCACUUGUGCGAUGGGCACCACAGGACAGAAGUCCAUCUCACGGGUCAUUGACUACCUGGAGCACUGUUAACAGACAGCCAGACGGGGAACUCUCAGUCUGCACGUUUAAAAGGAUCCCAGAAUAUACUGGUGCCCCCUACCCAACAGGAGCCACACAAGGUCAUUGGAGACUCGGCAGCAUUGCUUUGACUUCAUCAGAUCACCUAAUGCUGUGAUCACUCUGAAUUGUUACAGAUAACCCCCCUCCCCUCUGGAGCACAGCCUGAACCAAAGCCCUGCUAGCUGACAGACAUGCAGAUUUCUUCCGUUCCACUCAACUAACUCCACAUUCAAAGUCAGAAGAUUCAUCCUCGGGUUACUGGGAAUCAGCCAGGGGCUAGGCUAAAGUUUAAAAACACUCUGUGGAAUGUCAGACUUGAAGACGGACUCAAAGAAGACCUCUUCUUAAAACGUCUCAAAAGGUUUGACAGUCACAGGCCACUGAGGUGGAGUCUCCUGUCCCACUGCCUGCUCUCGAUUCCUGGUAGCUUAGCUGGAGUGUGAACUUCUGAAUCAAAUUUUAUGGAUCAUUGCAUUUUAAUCUUUACUCAUCCACAUCAAAUCAAUGGGUGAAAUCCUUGAUUAGCAUGAAAAAGCAUCAGUUUCAUGGAUGUUAGAAUGAUGUCUCUACGUGUAAACUCGUGUGGAAUGAUUUUGUAUGCAUACUUUCAUUUACCUAAAUUGUUUUAGUUGGUUUGAAUGUUUAAGGGAAGGAGAGUUUUUAUUUUAUUUUAAUCUUUGAUUUUUAUGGUCUCAUUCUGCAAUCUGUGAACUGUGCGAGUUCAUAGGCGUUUUCUUAUGUUUUUAGAUUUUUCUUUUUUCCUUGAGGGCAUUUUUUUCCCCACACUAAUUGAAUGAAAUACUUUGAAAGGAAAUCAGGACUGUGUGACAUACCGACUUUGAUAGCCUGUCCUUGGUUUGACUUAUAAUGGCACUUGGAAAUGACACGCUAUUGUGAAUUCUUGAUUUCCUUCUCACCCAUUAUCAUUUUGGUCAUAUUUUAUACUUUAUACUUUUUAGCUUAUUUAAAGUCCAAUUAAUUCAAGAGUAUGUAAUUACAGUAUGCAUUGAAACUCACAGGUAUAACAGAUGUGAUGAAUUACUCAUAAAAUUGAUGGUUGUGCUUCCUUUUUGAAUUUGUAAUGAAGUUAAUUUUUUUUUUUAAAUCUAUUUAAUUUAAUGCUUUCUCCUUCUUUGUAAAUGCCUAGUGAGAUGCCAUUUGUGUCUCAAGUUCCACACCAAGAUUCAUUAAAAUGUAUCCCAUGUGACACAGCUCAGUGGUUGGACAUGAUUACAUGUAUGUUACAGAAUUUGCUUAAUUAUGGUUUUGGCUUGAACGUGCAAAAUUUCAACAAAUCUUGCAUUUAAUAAAAUAGGAAGUGCUUUUUAUUCUCAUGUUAAUUGGCAUGGGGGGUUUCCUGAUGGUUUCUGUAUGUCCAGCCACUUGUAGCUUCAUGUUUUUACUCUCAUUGUGUCAUGAUGUCUGCGUUAGACAACCUUCAUUAAGCUCCCAUUAAUUUAUUCUUUUAUGGUGUCAUUUUACCUGUAAUGAUGAUGCACAUGAUCCUUCAAAACUCUUGUCUUGUACUGCUCACAUGUACUUAUCACUGAUUUGAAUGACAGCCAUACCUGUAUAAGCAGAUUAGUUUUAUCUGGUUUGUAGGGCUGCAGUUAACAUGGUUGAAACUAUGUUUACUGUUAAUUACUUUGCAAAACUCUGGUUUGAAUGGAAUUUUAGAAUGUAAAUACUCCUGUAUAUAGUGGUUAAUGGACAUUUAAAAAUGAGUAGACUACUUUUUUCCCUGAAGCUGAUAUUUUUAUUUUAUACAAUAUUUCUGAGUUGUCAUUUGAAAAAACAAAAAUUGCAGGAAGAGGAAAAAAAAUAUUUGUACCCGUUUCAAGGACAUUGUCUUUGGUUACAUGUAAAAAGUUGUAUCUCAAAAAGAAAAAAAAAACAGUUGCUACUUUCAGUACACCCCCCUAUGUGUUUUCUUCCUUGAACUGUUUGAACAACCGGAAUCCUUU